CUGAACGUUAACCAUCAGGUAACGUCUCUUCAGACUGACUGAAGUACAGGUGCCAUGGUGACGCUGAAUCAUUUGACUGUAGAGGAUGCAGACGAUGGCUCUCCACUGCUGCAUGAGGCUGCGGAGGAUGCAACGCCAACGCCUGUCUUUCACAGACAGCGAGUGAUCCCAAAGAUUGACUCCAGGGAAUGUUUCCUCAGCAGGAGGGAGAACCUUGCCUUCAGUCUGCUGCUUCUGAUCGGAUGCUACUCGGCUAUUUUGAUUCCUGCAUAUCUCCCCUUGGAUAAAGUGGCAACUCUCAGUGAUGACAACCAACAUCCCAAAGAUCUGGUCUUAUUAAAUCGGUCUGCCUCCUUGCUGUCCGGCCCCUGUCAGCCUCGUUGGAGUCUGAACCACCUCAAGCCCCUGUCGUGUUCUGCAGGCCUCGUAGACAUCCCUGUGUUUGUGCAGCAGGACAGGCAUGUGCCCUGGGAUCUGUCCCCUCCUCUGGGGCUCCGGGGCAGCGAAGAGCAUCUGGCCCUGGCUCUUGCAUCUCUGCCUCAGCCUGGCCUGCCUCCAUCACUGAGGACUGACGGCAGCUGCAGGCGCUGUGUAGUUGUGGGCAAUGGAGGGGUUCUUCAUGGGAGCCAUUUGGGAUCCCACAUAGAUCAGUAUGACAUCAUUAUUAGGCUGAAUAAUGCUCCAGUGCCUGGCUUUGAGAGAGACGCUGGUUCCCGCACCACCAUCCGCCUGAUUUACCCCGAGGGAGCACCUCACUCUGAAAUAGAGUACGAAAAGACCACCAUGGUUGCACUGGUAGUCUUUAAGAGCCUGGACCUGGCCUGGCUCACUUCUGUCAUCACCAAACAGCCUCUGAGCUUCUGGUCCAAAAUGUGGUUUUGGAGGGAGGUGGUGGAUGAUAUUCCCCUGAGACCAGAGAGCUUCAGGAUCCUCCACCCAGAGAUAAUUCACAAGACAGGACAAGUGCUACAGAAAUAUGCUCUGAAACAGGGAAACAUGGUGCCAACACUUGGUGCGAUCGCAGUCGUGAUGGCUUUGCAGCUGUGUGACCAGGUGAGCCUGGCAGGGUUUGGGUACGACAUGCGACAUCCAGAGGCCAGGCUUCACUACUAUGAGAGCAUGCGCAUGGGCACAAUGAAAGCUCAAGUGGUGCAUGACGUCAGUGCUGAGAAACUUUUCUUGAGGGACCUGGUGGCUGCAGGAGCUGUCACCGACCUCACAGGAGCUCUGUGAGUCAGCAGUGCAGAGACUGAUAAAUGUACCGAACUCUACACGCACUCCUCCCUCUCACUGUGAGCCUGUGUGGAGUCCUCCAUAACCGUGCCCUGCUGGAGGAAUCCUACACAUGGACUGACCUUUAAAAUGCUCAGUCGCCAGGGCAGACUGACGAGUGAGCAAAUUAAAAGGUUAGACCAGCUCCUGAUUGGUGAGAAAAACCUCAGCAUAUCUAAUUUAAAAUUCAGUGAACUUGUUACAUUACCAGCUGUUACGAGUAUUGUAAUUGUCAUAUGGAUGAAUAAUUGUGCCAUCACACAUGGGAACACGCUCAGCCAGCGAUUGACUGGGUUUUGUGAAAUGAAUGCAAGGGUCAGUGGUUCAAUUGUGCUUUUUAAAUUGUGCUUACAAUGACUUCAUGAACACGUGAAUGGGAUAUUACUAAUAUUUAUUGUCUCCAAAAAUAAAUCUAUAUUAAAGGACA